CAUCAGGAGAAAUGGCAGCUUGUUUCAUUUUGAGCGCGCUCUUGCUGGCCAGUCCGGCGGUAUGGGGCAAGCCCUCAUUUGGACGGGAGCACGUCCACAUUCGCAUCCACCUGCCCGAGAGCGGGGGAGAUCAUCACGGAGGCGGUGGUGGCGGCGGAGGCUAUGAGAUUCACUCCCAUGAUGGUGGGCAUGGAGGCGGUGGUGGCGGCGGAGGCUAUGAGAUUCACUCCCAUGACGGUGGGCAUGGAGGAGGUGGCGGCGGCGGAGGCCACGUCAGUACCUAUGCCAUUAUUACCGAGAAUCACGGCGGAUCUGGUGGCUACAGCUCUGGCGGGCACGGAUCCGGAGGAUACAGCUCUGGCGGACACGGCUCCGGAGGAUACAGUUCCGGAGGAUACAGUUCCGGAGGCUACAGCUCUGGCGGACACGGCUCCGGAGGAUACAGCGCUGGGGGACAUGGCUCUGGCCACGAUGAUGCUCAGAUUGCGGCAAUUGCAGCUGCCGCUGGCUCUUCCUCUCACGGUUCAUCGGGUGCUGGAGGAUACAGCUCUGGCGGACACAGUUCCGGAGGCUACAGUUCCGGUGGCUACAGCUCCGGACACGAUUCUGGUCAUGCUAUAGCUAAUAUUGCGGCUAUUGCAGCUAGCGCUGAUACCUCCUCCCACGGCUCUUCGGGUGCUGGCGGAUACAGCAGCGGAGGCUACAGCUCGGGAGGCUAUAGCUCGGGGGGAGGCUACAGCUCUGGCGGACACGAUGAUGCCCAUAUUGCAGCCAUUGCAGCUAGCGCGGGCUCUGGCGCUGGAGGAUACAACAGCGGAGACUACAGCUCAGGGGGCUACAGCUCCGGCGGACACGGCUCUGGGGGCUACAGUUCCGGCGGAGGAAGCAGCUACGAUAGCCAGGUGGUGACGGCUGCUGUCGCUUCCAGCGGAGGAUAUAGCGGUGGGUCUCAUGGCGGUGCAUCCUCCGGGGGUGGGGACGGUUACAAUUACUCGCCCCCCGCCGUCGGUGGCUGGUCGGGAUCUGCCUCCAACUGGUCGUAGGGGCCGUUUCCUGCAUUGGCCAUCCGGCCAUCUAGUCUAUUGCUCAUUCCCACAAGUUCACCCGAUUCCAUUGGACUUUUAACUUAUAAUACUCGUAUGGCUCGUUCGCUCAUCCACAUUCCACAUGUCCACAUCUGAAGGAGGAACUUUUCCCUCCCUCACUGCCGCUUCCCAACGGUGCCGAUGUACAAAAUAAACCAUG